AUGGAACAGCUCAACUCCACUGUGGUCACCUCCAUCAUCUCCUCCUCUCCUGGACAUCCACCUCCUUCCUCCCAGGACUUCAGCACUCUGGUUCCUGUUGUGGUUUAUUCCCUCAGCUCCAUACUGGGAAUUCCUGGAAACAUCGCUGUGAUCAUCCUCAGACCAAACUGGCAGCAAAUGUCGAGUCUGAGCCAGAGUUUGAUGUUGAAUUUGGCCGUUGCAGACCUGCUCAACCUGAUAACUCUGCCUCUGUGGAUUCAUGCCUUCCUGCAUGGCUGGUCUUUUGGCCUUCUGGCCUGUAAGCUCAUUGCAUAUCUGAUUUACUGCUGCAUUCACUGCUGUCUUCUGACUGUGAUGGCCCUGAGUCUCCAGCGUUACCUGCAGGUGGUUCAUGGGAAGAAGUGGUUCCAGCACAGGGGACAGAAGAGGCUGCUGGCUCUGCUCUGGCUGGCUGCCAUCAUCCUGUCCAUCCCUGUUUUGGUGGAUCGACAAAUCAUUUCAGUCCGAAACUUGCCACAGUGUGAAUCUGUGUACUCUUCCUUGACCAAGCAGGUAGCUUUGCUGUUGGAGGAGACUGUAAUGGGGGUUGCCUCUGUUUGUAUUGUAGUGUUUGCAUAUAUCAGGCUCAAAAGAAAAGUGGACCGGGCAGCUCUCUUUAACAACCCACAGACCACCUGUCUGAUCACCAGCAUCAUUGUGACCUUCUUUGUCCUCUGGAUGCCAUACCUAAUCGUAAAUAUGCUUAGCUUGGAAGCAAUUUUCAGCAAAAAUGAGAGACUGAUGAAGUUUUGCACAGACAACAAGGACAUUUUCAGAGCGCUGGUGUUUCUGAACAGCUCUCUGGAUCCAUUGUUGUAUGCAUUUGCUUCAAAAAACUUUUGCACCGCUUGUUUGAAACAGGAACAUAAAAACAGUUGUUCCACCUCCCAGGAAAUUUAGAAGAAGUUCUGCUUUUGACGUGCCUCCGGGUUUCUUUGAAGACUGCGCAGCUGAAAUUAAGAAAUCAAUUUUAGCACAAGAUCUCACUGGCCACAGCCGAAACAGGAUUCUUCAUUUUCUCUGUCAUAGAGAGCUGUAGAUGAAUCGUGGUUAAUUCUUAAACCUCAGGUUUGGUCUUAUGUUUCCUUCAAUCAUUUGUGUGGUGAUCAUUACCAGAUGAAACGUCUUUAGAAAAAUAAAUUAUGCAAAAAGCCAGAAGAUAAACCUAAAAGGUGAAGAUUCUGCUGAAAAUGAUUUUCUGUUUUUCUGUGAUUGAGGUUCAUGUUUCUUUGCUUUUAAUACAUGACAAUUGUAAUGUGUCAUUUACAAACUUAAUGCUUGAACAAUAAAAAUGCAUUUUUGUUACAACAAGUGUCAUUCAUUUUCUUUUGAGAGUGUUAAUUAAACUGUGGGGUGUGUCAGAAUGUGUCUUGAUUUACCUUGAUCAUCAUUACAGAGAUGAGCUUUUGACUGUAAUUGGAUAAUAAUGUAAAAUUAUAUACACACACACACACACACACACACACACACACACACACACACACUACAGGCCAAAAGUUUGGAAGCAAGAUCAGAAAAAAGAUCAUAGUUUCAUAUAUAUGAAUGCCAAGAGUGUGCAAAGCAGUAAUCAGAGCAAAGGGUGGCUAUUUUGAAGAAACUAGAAUAUGAAACAUGUUUUCAGUUAUUUCACCUUUUUUUGUUAAGUACAUAAAUCCACAUGUGUUAAUUCAUAGUUUUGAUGCCUUCAGUGAGAAUCUACAAUGUAAAUAGUAAAGAAAAUAAAGAAAACGCAUUGAAUGAGAAGGUGUGUCCAAACUUUUGGCCUGUACUCUCUCUCUCUCUAUAUAUAUAUAUAUAUAUAUAAAUAUAUAUAAACAUAUAUUCUGCCCUCCCUGAACGUGGACCGUUUAGUUUGGCAGAUAGCGAACAGUUCUCCAAUAAGAGGUAUAGUUUUCCUUUCUUCAGGGGUUUAUUGUCACUUUCUGAAGAUAAUUGUAAAACUGAAAUACAUACAAAAAAAGAGUAUAAGCAUUAUGUAGCUUAGAGCAUCGAAAUAUGUUCAUUAAACACAGCUUGAAAUUAAGUCAAACUCUUACAGUAAAGUCAGUAUGUUAUCAUAACCAAGUGAGAAAAAGAGACCGCUAGCUUAAUGCUACCUUACAAUGGAAAACGCCAUAGACAGGCUAAUGGAUUAGCAUCGUAAUAUCGGUACAAACGUAAAACGGCCGUUACUUUAUAUCAAUUACAGCAACAGUAAUACAUCAAACUAUAUAUGUGUAAUACUCACAGGCAUAUGUUCUCUUAACUCUUUAAACAACGGGAACUGCCGAAGUUUGGCUGCAGACUGACUGCUUCUCCUAACGCCAAUGUCAUUCACCCUGUCUCUGUCGUCAUACUGCCGCACUCAGGCGGAGACGUGUAACUGCAUAUAACAUGUAACGUGUAACUAUAUAUACUGAACGCAAAAUUCAACCUGUUAACAAAACGGUAAACAAGGGCUGUCAGGAAGUUGCUGUAAAAUUAACGGUAGAUUGUUGUUGCUGAAAUUUACAGUUUGCUUUUAUGAAUACAGCAAAAAGCUGUAAUUUAAAAACCUUAACAGGAAAAUCCUGUUGAAAGAUAAGCAGCCAUUUACCAUUUAUUUGUUCUUUUUUCUAAAGAGGUAUAUUUGCAUAUUUUUACUGUGAAUUGUAGCAAUCAUCUCAUACCAUGUAAUUUAGAAAUUAACAAAUGUAAACGUCUUUGUUCUUCCAUGACCGGACAUGAUGAUAAUGAUAAUUUGAGAAGCAAGUAGUCGAUAUGUUGACCUGAAAAGAUUUUAAAGAUCCAGCCGAGCCAAAAGACUUGUGGAGACUGGCGGAUUACGGACAGUGGGAAUCACAAGAACUCACAAGAGAACCUGCAGAUUCACGUGCAAUUGUACAAUAACAAGUUGUUUCCGUAAAGACAGCCACAUAACCAUAUAAGCGGUAGAUUGUGUCCUUCCAGAGGAGGAAAUUCACCCAAUCAGGGUGAAAUAAUGUCUAAAAACCUUUCACUUGUUCGUCUCCACCCGUUUGCAUGGUGUGAAAUACGAUCCGCCUGAAAUACAGAGUGUUUUAUUUUGAAAAGAAGCCGGAUGUUUUAUUUUUUGUGUCUGUGCCCGACUUCCUUUCCAGCAUGGGGUUAAUCUGCGGUGAAUUUAUCCGACAUGCUCCAGCGUCCAGAAAAAAUAGAACUCUUGCGAUCAGCUGAGGAGUCCGGCGAUCCGCAUAGGAACGUAAAGAAGCCGGUGGAAAUUGACACGUUAACUUAAAUGGUUACGAUCAGCUAUGAUUGGAGGAUACAGCUUUUUCAUAGCCAAUCUAGAUGCCCUAAAGCAACACCACAGUCUGCAAACCAGUUUCUGGUAGUUUUGGCGCUGCAGGCAGGUGCCCGAUCCUUCUGGAAAAUCUCCAUGAAGUUUCUCAGCAGAAGAAAUCUAGUAGACUUUAGACUGCUAUGACUCCAGACUCUGGAGUUUGAGUCUCUUGUAUUUUCUUAUCUUCUCUGUUUACACCUGUUUUUGUGCUCAUGUUGUUGUCGAAGUGUUCAUGCAGAUAACAUCUCAGUAUUUUUUAAAGGUUUUAUUUCAUUAACCUGACCUCUUGGACCUCAUCAGACCCUGUUCAAAUCAUCCUUAGUAAAGCUCCUUCUUGUUCUACUUCUACAGAAGUGUCUCAUUGUGGUUUAUUUCAGUUCCUCUUUCCUUUAGACUCUCUCCAACCUCCACCUCCUGGUCUUUCCUUUUAUUAAUUUCCUGGUGGGACUUGAUCUGACACUGUGAUAUGUUUGGGUAAGCAGGAAGUCCAGUAGGUCUGCGCCUAUGUGAAAUAGCGGGGGGGCUCCAUCAUUUAUGUCCGCUCCUCAGGCUGUGUGGACAGCAGUACAGGUCAACUCAUAAACCUUCUUGUGCUGAACUCAGUCUAGACAACACUAAAAAAAGAGUCAGGACAAUGCAGGAGAGGAUUUACUUCAUGUUUUGUGACUCAGUGUUUCCCCCAGCUGUUCCUUUGGGCCCAGACGAGGUUUUCUCUGGCUGGAUCUCAACGAAGCAAGCACCCCUUUCCCAUGCAAGGAUGACUUCUGCUCUAAAUUCAGAGCUCCAACUCCUGCCAAGAUGCUCGUUUACAAUAUUUAUGAUCUAAAACACACACUUGGGUCAUCACAGGGGGGGUUAUCUUGACCCUUGGCAGGCAGAGCAAAUAAACAUCCAAGACUGAAUCAUGUUUUUAAGAGCGUGUUCGCGGGAAAGGCUGUACGGUGGCGAGUUUGAGUGAAACAACCACAGAGCCAAUCAGGUUUGUGUUAUUGGAGAGUAAUUAAACUUAUGAUGCCAAUAAAUCACAUUUAAUAAUCGGAUUUUAAUCACAUGAUGAAAUUCAAUCCACUUCUAAUCACAAGUGUGUUUACUAAAGCCCAAAAUAAUCUGAUAGUUCUCCAAUUUAAGCUUCUUUCUGUGAAAAGAAUAGACUUAAAUUCAUAAAGAUGCUUUUUUAUGGUACACAAAAGACAUGAUGGAUAAUUUUUAUGUUAUUGGGCAAGACUUAUUUGUCCACAGGGGGCGCCAAAGUCGACCCAAACCAAAAGUUCCUCACAGGAGCUUUAAACUUGUCUUAUAUUCUGUGUUUUUGUUUUUACUCUUCGUUAUUUUAAUGGACUGAAGAAAAGUGGUUUGAAGAGAUCUGGAAAUGAUAAAAGGAGCUUCCCCUGCAGACGAGCAGCAGCCCUCGUGCUAAAUUUAUCCAACAGUCGGACAAAUUAGCUCCAUGUUUACCUCACAGACAUCAGACGAAUAUCGACUUCUCGUGUUACUCUUGGUAAGAAAUUAAAUAAACGAGUUUAAAACCUUUUCUUUUUACUCUGUCUGUGUGUUUUGGGAGAAAACUGCUCAUCUUAUCCCGGAAAAUGAAACGACUGUAAGAUGUGGGAGCGAAAGUGAUGGGAAAGAACCGGAUUCUCUGGUGUUAUGAGAAUUUCCUUAAUCAGCUGGGUCAGGUCCACGGAGGACUGGUGAUAGCAGUUAAAGUUAUUGCCUUGGGAUGUGAGAUGACUCAUUGUUGCCUGCUCAUUCCUCUCUUCUCACGCAUCUAGGAUUUACUGCUUUCCUCAUCCUUCAAUCACUAAUCCGUCCUGCCCCGUCUUGCUCUCUUUCACUUUAUCUCUCUUCUGUUAAGUUGUAUGUUCUAUCAAAAAGCGUCAAGUGUGUUUUUCUUUCCUUCACUAACUCCCUUUCUCUCUCUCUCUCUCCUCUCCUUCAGGUUUCCUCCCAGCUGGCAGAAUCAGCCGAGCGUCCAGGUGCAGAAAGAGAAAUGGGUGAUGAGAGAGUAAGGAGGAGGAGAGGAGCUGGUUUAUCUUGGCUCACCGCACCGUCUCAUAUUUGUCUUCAAAUACAAAAUUAGCUGGUUUCCUACCACUUAAUUUAAAAACAUCCAGGCUCAGUUUAACCCGUGGACUGGGGGUCGGUAUGAAUGCACAGAGCUGUGCGAAGGCGACAUGAUGCAUCCUCAAUAGUUUGCAGAUAUAGUUCCUGUCUUUGUUUGCAGAUACAGUCGGGUCAUUUCAGGUGAUUUGCCAAAGAGAAAAGGAGACGGCCAAGAAUGAAAGUUCAUGCACUUAAAGCAGUGAUUAUUCAAAGAUGCCAAAAUAUUAGUGGAUCCACAACAAGAGUGUAAAUCAGUGCUGACACAACAAUGGUCUGGAGGAUGAGGGUUUCCCAUUUUGUUUUCUGUCUAGUGUUUGCAGGAUCACAAAUUCACAGUAACAGGGAUUUUUCUAUCUGACGAGGGAAACAAAUCAGAUAAUGUGUUAGAGUGAGCUAAAGCCUGUGAGAACAGUCAUAGUUCUCUAUAAAGACUCAAACAAAUCAAACUAUUAAGAAUCUGAUAUAAUGAGCAAGAUUUUUAUGAUGCAUUGAGAAAAAAAGCUAAAAACAAAGACACCACUUAAAGGGAUAUUCCGGCGUAAAUUCAAGUUCUGGUCAAACAUACCGUAUCACCAAGUGCAGUGGAGUCAGCGGAGUUUCGCAGCUCAAGGAAGAACAUUUAUGAUCAUGACUUAAUGAAAAUGCAAUCAGACCGAGACGCUAAGGCAGAAGAACUAGUGAUUAAUAUGGUGAUUAUUACCUCAAGGAAAUGAUCCGCUGCCCUUGGUGAUCGACUCGUCAGGGCUCCCCCACAAACAAGCAGCUACUGGAAGAGAGCGGUUGAAUUGUGUUUAGUCUCUUUGCUGAAGAAAUUAGUCAAAGAUAAAAAGAUAUUUAAUGACUGGGGCCCUAUAUGUCCUUUUGAUGAAGUUAGGUGCUGUUCUGAGUGGCGUUUUGGUUGAGGUUUGCGUGUGGAGACGUAGACCGCUGUGUAUUGACAUCGUGCGGUCAUUACUAAAGUUGGUAUAACUUGAGAAGCAAGCGGUCAGCAUCAUACAUCUCUUGAAGACGAGUCUAACUUGGUGUUACGGUGUGUUUGACCAUAACUUAAUUUAACUCCAGAGUAUCCCUUUAAAUAAGGACUUGUUAAGCUGGGAUCAGACACAUUUUAAUCAGGGAUCUGUAUAUCACAGAAGAGGCGGUGUCAUCGAGUUCACACUCUGGGACCCAUUUUUAAAAGCCAGAAAAGCAGUUCCUGCAUUAAAAAAACAACGACCAAAAUGCAACAGUAAUUUGCAGUUUUCUACCAAAUAUAUCUCCAUGUGAACCUCCAAGGCAGCUAUUAAACUAUAAACUUUUGGCAGGAUCAGUUCAGUGAAAGAGAUUAAGAUGAGUGUCAUCCAAUCACAGAGUAGCCUGCAGCGUUUCAGGUCUAAUGCGUGAGUCAAGAUUAGUUGUGGUUAGUUGAAUAAAACACUGCAGCAUGAAAAGGCACAUCUAUUCGACUCUGAGAAGCCAAACCCUUUAACUUCAACUUGACAAGCAUGCAUGCAUUCGCCGGACACAAUCCAGACUACAGAUCAUUUUACUAAAACACAGAUUCCCAGAAACUCAAACUCUUCAGUAAACCUCCCACAGCUGCUUAUAGAGAUGCCUUCAUGGACGUCCGAACAAAGAGAGAUAAACAAACCACACAAGGCUCUGAAAUAAAAGGAGAAAAUUGAAGUCACGGGCAAUUUGCUCUCACUGUGUUUUCUGACUCUCUGUUUGUCUCAGUGGAAGAUUUAUGUGACAAGCUCAAUCUCAGCCAGAGUAACUCUCACCUUCGGUAAAACAACGCUGGGCUGUGAAUUUAAACAGGGACCAUGUUGGAUAUACAAGACAUCAGUCACUUCACGGAUUGGCCCUUUAGUACCAUUUAUUUUCUGCCAAGUAUUUCUGAGGUAGAUGUCUGUCAUUUCAGCUCAAUAUUUGUUGGUUUUAUGGUGAUUUGUAGCAUUUACACUGACAAAGUUCUGUUACCUAGUUUGACCGGGCCUUACCUCCCCCGUGUGUCGGUCUUUGUUCAGCCAAAUCUCGUUUGGUAGGAAACUUUUACCUUUCUGUUAUCAGGACUCGAAAUAAUAAUCUGAACCUGUCUGUGGUGGAAUAAAGUUGGGCUACAACUAACGACUAUUUUAAUAAUCGACCAGUCACCGGCUACUGAACGAUUAGUCGACUAAUCAGAUAAUUACGUGCCUUCUCCUCAAGUGUUCGUGCAUCACCAACAUGCUGCCACGAUACGCAAGGUCUGCUUUGCAAACCUAGCCAGUUAUCUAGGCUAAAGUGUUCCCAAACUUGUAUCUUCCGCCAUGUUUGAAUACCCUACCGCUCGGCAGAGACGCUACUGCGCAUGUGUGACUCAAGGCAGAGAUCGUAAUGAAGUAAGAUGCGUCACUACACUGGAAAAAACACAUCUGGCGACAAUAGUGGAUGAUGGAAUUCAUUGUUGAUUUUUGUCGACAACAUUGACUUAUUGUUGCAGCCCUAGAAUAAAGUAUUUGUUGUGAAUGUAGUUUGACGAUGCACGACCGCCUGGUCAAACAAGCGUAAUUCGCAGUUGUUAGCUGUUACACUCUCCCUCAACAGUGGACUAAGUUUCAGAAGCUGUUCUUCCUAUCACACUAACACAUGAGGAAAUCGGCCCUAGUUGAAAAAUAUACGGAAAUUCCCUUUAAGUAUCAAAUAUUCACAAGGAACAGUAGAUGCCAUUUGGGCGUUAUAACGGUAGAUCAUCAGCAUAAAACAUUACUCUUUGUCAAAGUGUAAAAACAGGCUCCAAUCUUUCGUCACAACCUGUCAAGAUCUUUGGAAUAAUUUUUGGUUAAUUUGUUUUGCAGGUUAAUUUUUGACAAACUUAACUUCUAGUUUACAAGUCAAGGUCAGGCUGCUCAAACUAGGUCACUAUGUUCUACGGCUAACCAUCGCAGAGCUCGCUAAGCCUCCAUGUUCGCUAACUUACUGCUGAACUUCUGUUAGACAUGUGCUCUCGUUGUCACCCCGUUAUCGCUCCAUCAGGACGAGGUUUUUGUUGAUCUAUUAUUCCAAAUCAAAGCAGAUGUGUGUGUCUGCGGAGGCCUGUGUUUGUGUCUCUUGGACGUCCCCUCUUGUUGUUGUAAUGUUUCUUAGUGAGUGUGUCUGUCUGUACAUCUUUAGUUCCAGUGUGAUAGUGUGUGUGGUCCAUACUCUCUGUUUAGACGCUCUCUGCCAUUAUACGGGUCACUUGUUUGUGAUUUGAUUGUAUUUAUAUUUCCGUUUCACUCGGCGUUACGCUGCACAGAUCUGACUGACUUGUGUUUACCAUCGUUCAGAUCUGAAGACGUGGGAUCCUCAGAUGAACCGGGAUUUGAUGCUGAGUGAGACCGGUUGUUAACGUCACAUAAGAAGAAAAAUAUCUGCAGGGUUCCUUCACAGUUGGAAUUUAGAUACUUUUCCAUACCCUACUUUUUAGAAUUAUUUUUGGAAAUACCGACUUUUCUAUUUCAGAAAACAGUAUUUUAUAACUGUGGUAGUAGUCCGGAAACUUAGAUAUUUUUCCAUACUUUAGUUUUCAUUUACCAUCAUUUUUCAGACCUGGAAAUUGAUAAAAUUGCUUCCAGACUUUCCAUACUUGUGUAGGAACCCUGUAUCUGUUUCCUUACAGGACGUCCUUACAGAUCAGGGGCACUCAUCUAGCAGGACGCGUUCUUCUCGUACCCCCGGUCCUCCUGGUAUCUCAGGGGCUUUAUGACGCCUUGACUGCCUGAUUUCAUGGUGGCUCGUAAAUGUUAUAAUACAAGUUGGGACUUUGUUUUUUUGCCACACACAUACACUCUAAUAAACUCAGACAAACGCUCUAAUAAAAGCCAUGUGUUGGCUGAAUGUGCUGUUUGUUUUCUGACGUCACUCCCCAUAGAUAUUUGUGUCGAGACGCCAAACGAAACGUGCAAUAGAACGAAGAUAAUCAACCUAAUAUUGCUCCUUAUAAUACUGUUUUCUAUCAUCUUAAUUUUGGAGUAACAUUAAGGUGUCCACAGACUUUUGGCCAGAAACUAAAGACUCGUGUUUUAGGACUUUACUCUCUUUGCUGAACUGUGUUCCAUCUCAGGAUGUGCAGUUUUGCAUAAUUAUGAAGAUUAGAAAAGUGACACUGACAUGUAUAAUCUGAUAAUAACUUGUAAUCUGUGCUGAACCGACAUCUGGGUAAUUCAGGGGUGAUUCUGCUACAUGGUUAUCUGGGCUCAGACACGACACCCACCAGGUGAGGAUCUCUCAGACUGGGCAGAGUCUGCACAGACGUGUGUUUCUUCCUCUUCUUUAUAAUAAAAUAACCCCGUCAGGACUUCUCCUCAGUUCCCCUUUUAUAGAGAGAGAAACACUUCAUGUCUAACAUUUGUUUGCAGCCUGUGUUCUCUGAUGGAUCUGGUUGAAAUACGAUCACCACGUGUGAGCUGAUCUGGUUGUUCUCCAUUUCCACUGUUACCCCGACGAUUGUGUUGCAGCUUUGUUUGAUACCAUGAUACAGGCUUUGGCAGCGUCUUUAAGUAGGGGGUUCACUAUCCCGGCUGUGCAGCAGUCAUGUGAGAUAGUGGGAGACACUUCGGCACGGGUCAUUGAGGAGACAUAAUGACACACGGAUAAAUCAUCCACCUCUCUACUGUAUGUUUUCAUCGUCUCAGUCUGGCUCCAUGUUUAAGAAGAGACAGCUGCACAACACACAAACAAGCGGAGAUGCAGCCAGGGUUCCCUUGAUUUUUAUUGACGAUUUUCCUGUCCCCAUGUGACCUCUUUAAUUGUUCUCUUUGUCUCUGGAGUCCAUCUUUCAAUAGUUUUCCUAAAUCUCUUCAGGCUGCAGAGAUCAAAACGGUACCACAGUUAUUCCAGCCUAAAGCUCUUAACAGGAGUUUUUGUUUGAUCUUCAUAAAAUUUAAUGGAUGUCUUACUGAAGCCUUUUCAUUAUAUCCAAAAGUCAAAAAUAUCAGGAUCAAGAUUGACAGUUCGCACAUUGGCUGAAAGUGGUGCCAGGAGGUAGCUGAAGGAACAGCUGGUUUACAGUUUUUUACUGUUAAAUGGUGUUAAAAAAGGAAACAACUGUGGAAACAAUCAGUCAGUUUACACGCACGUUAAAAAACGAUAUGUCGCAAUAAUCCGACUGAACCUGAACUUUUAAAAUGCAUGAGUCCGGAUGAAAACAAACUUCUCAUAGUCGCACCAACAUAACAGAAUAAUGUGAGGUUGAGGUUUGAUUUUCUCCGUUAUGAAUAUGACUCAGUCAGACUGACAAUUGCCCUUAUUUGCAUGCCACAGUCUGACCCUGUGGUUGGAUGGCGUAGAUGUGUUGCUAGGAAACAGGUAAACAAAACCUCAAUAGACAAAGAAAGGUCAAAACUUUCCUAAUGUACAAAAAUAAAUAAACAGUAAAGAGCUGUAAAAGUGUCGCCCUUUCUCACCAACUAGCAGUCAACCCUGUGGUAACUUGCUGAAAGGAGGCACUUUGACAGCAUUCUAGAAGCCUCCUUCACUGUUGCCAUGCCAAAGAGUUAUGUUUCUUCUCAUUAAAGGACCCAUUUGCCCUUUUAAGGAGAUUGCAUACAUUAGGGUGACCAUAUUCGGAUUUUCCAAAAAGAUGACACGACCACACAGGGGCGGAGUCCUGGAGUCACACAAAUUUAAUUUUGAGAUUUUUUCGGGUCAGAUUGAGUCUCGUUUAUGUGCCUCUAACUCAAAACGUCCACGUGACACAAACUCGAAACUUUUGUACAAAACUGCAGAUAUUUGAAGGAUUUUAUAAACUCCCCCGGACAAAGCCGUACAGCCCUCAAAAAAGAGGACAUGUCCGGGUAAAAGAGGGCGUAUGGUCACUCUACACUAUCAGGCGAUGUCACGAUUUGAGCAAAUGUCAUCCUGAUCUCACUGGAAUCUUGUGCGACUAUCUUGAACGAGCCCCCUAUUGUGCCAUCUGGGUAUUACACCAACACACACUAACCUUUAAUCUGAAACUUUACUCAUGUAUAGUUCCUGAAAAAGCAAAUUACUGCACGGACUGUUGAAGAAAGAGGAUGAAAUUAUGAGGAAUUACAGCAGGAGAGCAUGUCCUGAAACCUCAACUGUGUUUACAGCUAAAGCCUUAACGUGCAGCUGUUGAUCUUGACUCUUUACAAUUACAUGGUUGGGCUGAACAGAAAACACGUGGAAAUUCUACUUUAUUAGGCACUAAUAAGCAUCAUAUGGACCAAAACAUUCAGAGUAGAGAGCCGACCGACUGUUUAAGAGACGUGAUGAUGAUGAUUGCUUACAGAGCGAUACUGACAGGGUUGAAAACAGCAGGGUGGAUCACUGAGGAGAUCAGCCUGUGGAAACUAAAGUUGGGGUAUUUUUGAGCAGCUUAGCGAGCUCAGGCAACAUGGCACAGUCAUCUAUUAAUCAUCUCGAGUGAAAGAUCCUCCAUCUGCUCUAAUUCUCGCCGUAUCUUUCCCACCACACCCACGCAGAAACACGCUCUUCUACGAACCACAAUGAACCUUCAAGUGUCUUCUCCUCCUCUCUGCUCCAAACAGGAACUUCACUGAUUAUAAACACACUCCAAGAGUUUAUGAGGCAACAACAGCGGGGAGAAGUCAAAUACUUCUCAUAUCCAGGAGUAAAUCAAAUAGUUGGAGAGCCGACUAUCAAGUGGAAAUCGGCGAAGAAUGCUGUUGAAGGUCGUUUGGCUGCGGCAGACUUUGGUCCAGAUACGGAUGUUGAAAUCAAACAGACCUGA